AUGGAUAACAGUAGCCUCGAUAUCUGGGUUGCCGGCGCCCUAGCAGCCGUAACAGUCGACUUCCUAGUAUACCCAAUGGACACACUCAAAACGCGCAUCCAAUCACCAAACUACAACCACCUCUACAAAGACGCAACAGGCGCUAUUAAACGAGACGUCCUCUUCCGGGGGUUAUACCAGGGCGUAUGGAGCGUUGUACUCGCAACGGUACCUUCAUCAGGAGCAUUCUUCACAACCUACGAAAGCUCAAAACACAUCCUAACCCUCUCCUCCAUCCAGUCCCAAUCUCAAUCCCAAUCUUCAUCCCAAAACCCCCUCCCAUUCACCCACCCCCUCCCCACACCCCUAAUCCACGCCCUCUCCUCCUCCCUUGGUGAAAUGGUCUCCUGCGCAAUCCUCACCCCUGCAGAAGUCCUGAAGCAAAACGCCCAAGUCCUGGACAUGAACUCCCCAACCCCCACCAGCACAAAGACACCCAGACAAGGCGCUACAAUCCAGGUCUUGGCAAAGUUCAGACACAGGCCUUGGAAGUUGUGGAGUGGGUAUACGGCGCUUGUGGGUAGGAAUCUGCCGUUUACGGGGUUGCAUUUUCCGAUUUUUGAGGGGGUGAGGGGGUGGCUUGUUUCUUGGAGGGGUCGGGAGAGGAGAAAUGGUGAUAGGAAUGGAGGCAAGAAUGGAGGCAAGAAUGGGAAUGGGGUGUUUGAGAGGGCGGUUUUGACGGGGAUUGCGGCUGGAGUGUCUGGGACUGUGGCUUCGGUUGUUACGACGCCGAUUGAUGUUGUUAAGACGAGGGUUAUGUUGGGGGCUGGCGGGGAGGAGUUGAAGGGGACGGAGAAGACGGUUAGGAAGGUGAAGGGGACGUUGGCGGUUGGGAGGGAAGUGUGGAAGGAGGAGGGCCUUAGGGGGUUGUUUCGUGGAGGUGCGUUGAGGUCGGUUUGGUCGGCUUUUGGGAUGAGUAUUUAUCUAGGGAUUUAUGAGGGCGGGAGGAUGUAUUUGGAGAAGAGGAGGAAGGAGGAUGAGGGUGGAGUGUUGUAA